AGGAGGCGCAGAAGAAGCAGCCGCAGGAGUAACGUCCUGACCAUGGAUAUAAAAGCUCCUGACGCAGGAGCAGCAGCGUGUGUCAGGAUCCUCCGCGAACUAAUGGUUAACUGUGGCGGACUUUGGAAGCUGCGUGCUGGGUGUGUGUUCUGAAUGCGGUCGCCAGGUAGAGGUCGAGUGUAACAGCUGUUUUUUAUUACUCCGGUGUUGAAGAGGAAUGAAACGGCCGCCGAGCUGCGCCUCCCCCUAACGAGCCCCGGCGGAUGAACAUGAACUCCAUCUUUGCGCAGAGUUGUUGUGUGUUUUGAAUUGACCGCUGCUCUGAAGUCAUGGCGAACGACGCGGUGAAGUCGUUUGUGCGGGUGUGCCGUUACCUCCAGGAGCCCUGUCAUGUGGCGAGGUUUCAGAAUAUCUGCGGCGUCAAAGGCACGUUCGCGGACAAGUCGAGCAAGUCGAGCAGCGGACCCCCGCAGCCCGACUGUUCCGGGCUGAGGAAGCGGCUCAACGGCUCGGAGGUCGGGAACGGAGCGGCCGGGGAUGCCCCCGCGCCGCAGCCCAACGGGAUGCAGGGUGACACGACCGCCGGGCCUGACGGUUCAUCAUCAUCAUCAUCAUCGCCAUCAGCGGCUAAUGUCGCUAAACCCCUCCGGAGGAACUCCCUGACCGGAGACGUGGGUCAGGAGUUCCUGAUCCACAACAAGUUCCUCUUCUACCUGUUCACGUUCGGCACCGAGCUGGGCAACGAGAUGUUCUUCAUCGUCUUCUUCCCCUUCGUCUUCUGGAACAUCGACGCCCUGGUCAGCCGGAGACUCAUCGUGGUCUGGGCCUGGAACCUGUUCGUGGGUCAGUCCACCAAGGACAUGGUCCGCUGGUCCCGGCCGGCCUCCCCGCCCGUGGUGAAGGUGGAGGUCUUCUACAACUCCGAGUACAGCAUGCCCUCCACACACGCCAUGACGGGGACGGCCAUCCCCUUCUGUCUCUUCAUGUUGACAUAUGGACGGUGGCAGUAUACCUUCCUGUUUGGCUUGUGUGUGGCUCUGAGCUGGAGCGUCCUGGUAUGUGUGAGCAGAGUCUACAUGGGGAUGCAUUCUAUCCUGGAGGUGAUCACUGGCUUCCUGUACAGCCUCCUCAUUCUCGCCUUCUUCCAUCCCAUUUUGGACAAGAUUGACACCUUCUACAUGAUGGACCACUACGCUCCACUUGUGAUUAUAUUCUCACACGUUAGCCUGGGACUUGUGGCGUUCUCUCUGGAUUCCUGGAGCACCUCUCGGGGAGAUACGGCUCAGGCCCUGGGCACCGGGGUGGGAAUUGCUCUGGCAACCCAUGUGAACUAUCAGCUGGGGCUCCUGCUGGAUGCGCCGCUCUCAUCACUUCCUCUAAUGUUACCGUCGAUCAGCGUGGGCCUGUUGGUCCGCUCGCUGCUGCGCUUCCUCCUUGGAGUCGCCGUCCUCCUGGUCACGAGGAUGGGCAUGAAAGCAGUGACUAUUCCCUUCUUAUGUCGACUGUUUGGGCUGCCGCCGGAUGAUGUGAGACAGGCGAGGCAGCACAUGAAAGUUGAGCUGCCGUACCGUUAUAUCGUCUACAGUGUUGUUGGGUUUAACUGUGCCUGUGUGGUGCCUCUCCUCUUUAGGAUCCUAAACCUUGCCUGAGUGUUGUGUUCCAACUGUCGAUGUACUGCUGACAUGUUCACCCACACAGUGACGGCAAACAGCACUUGGUUACAUGACGAUAAUUGUUCAAAGUCAGUUGUUCUAUAUUUUUUUAUUGUCAACAAACCCUAUGAAAAAAACAUAAUCAAUUAUGAAUGUAUCUUACUAACAAGGAAGCAAUUAAUGAAUCCAAACAUUAUUAAAAACACUUGUUUUUAGUCAUUAAAUAACCACUCUAGUUUGUAUAUUCAUAUUUUUAUUUUUUGCUAUUAUUUAUUUCAGGUCAGUUGAGAACAUUUGAUCAACUGCAAAGAAGAAGUCUUGAAAUUACAGUAAGCAGCAAAAAUCUGACAUGACGGUUAUCCUUAUCAUCCAUGUUUAGUGUUCAGUUUUUAACCCUGAUGUAAUUAUUGUAGAUACCUAAGCAGGUUUUUCUUUUCUGAAGCACUUUUUUUCAAAUCUAGUUCAUUAGUGUGAGUGCUGACACAGCAGUCACACUUUAGUUCUGUUUCUUCAUGAUUUUUCUUCUUCUGCCAUUUUUCAGUCACAAUUUUUACAUUUCCUGCUUCAAACUCCAGAACAUUCAACUCAUUUAGGACACUCCUGCUGUCGUUUUUCUUCUCAUAAUUUUGGAAAUGUUAAACUCUUUCUUCAAAUUUGGGGAUUUUAUAAUGAGUGUCUGUGGGAGGGAAGUUUGACAUUGUGCAUUUUCAGCUUGAUUCAGCAAAGCAACUCAGCAUUUUGAUGUCACACCGGCCAUUGUGCUGCUGUAAAUACACUUAACAUUUGUUUAAUCAAAAAGUGUGAGUCACUGAGUGUUUUAGGAAAUAGGAAGUAUAUAUUUGUGAUCCCUAUUUAAAGAUUUACAUCUUCAUUAGGAUUCAAUGGGCUUGGAGCCAACAGCCUCAAACUGGGGGAAAUCUUAUAAGAUUGAGAGAAAUUAACAAAUUGAUUGUUUUGGACUUUUUCAUGGGAUUUGUUGUCAGGGUGUAGAAAUUGUAGAGUUUCACCUUCCUCAUCUUUUAAGAACCACCUGUGGUCGGCACAUGCAAGUGUUAACUGGAACUUUUUAAACAAAGAAUCUGUCAGAUGUACUGUAAUUGUAUUCAUCAUUGAGGAGACUCUGUCGUACAUUUACAUUAUUUGAUUGAAAUAUAGAAUCAGUAUUAAUUCAUAUCAGUUCUCAUCUGUUGCUGUGUUAAAUUACAACGCAGCCUGAAAAAAAUGGAUUUCUUCAAGUAUUUCCUUUCCCUCGUGUCUAGAUCUCUAUGUAAAUAUAGAACAACUUUUCCUCUCUGUUGUGUUAUUACUUUUUGACAUUCGUCGUAAAGCAUCAUCGUGUUGCCUUCUUUUUCUAAAAAUCUUGUACCGCACCAUUGUUUUGUCAUUUUAAGUUUAAACCAAGUGCUUCUUUUAAAUAACCAUUUGAAAGUAUAGAAUCAAGAAAAACAAAUAUUUUUGAUAAUUUAUUUUAUCAUCUUAAUAUCUCAGGCUGAAAAGAAUCUAAGUAUAUUAUUAUGAAAAUUCAAAGAGACCUUUUAGCCGAAAUCCUCAAACUACAGGAUAUAAAAUCACUGACUCUAGCUCUUGUCUAAAUGUUGUAAUUGGUUUUUUCUGUUGCAAUGUAUUAAUUGUUUAAUGUUUGUCGGAAUAUGAAUUUCAGAGCUCUCUUAUCAUGAGUACUCGUGGAAUAUUUAUAGAUCUAUUACCGUCAACUCAUCUUUUUUUCCUGUUAUGCAAAAGGACUGUAUCUGAAAAAA